GACAAUAUGAGCAAUCUGACUUCCAUCUCCACUUUUCUGCUGCUGGCAUUCUCAGAUGUCCGAGAACUACAGAUCUUAUCUUUCUUUCUAUUCCUAGCAUUGUAUUUGAUGGCAGUAACAGGGAAUCUUCUCAUCAUUGUUUCUAUUAUUGUUGACAACCACCUGCACACCCCCAUGUACUUUUUCCUAUUAAACUUAGCCAUGAUAGACCUUGGAUUCAUAUCAGUUAUAGUCCCCAAAAUAAUGGUUGUAUCCCUUAUGGAUGAUAGAUCCAUUUCUUACUCUGGAUGUGUUGCUCAAGUUUUCUUUUAUCUUUUUUUUGCUUCAUCAGAUUUUGUUAUUCUAAUAAUAAUGGCACAUGAUCGCCAUAUUGCAAUCUGCAACCCACUUGAGUAUGAUAGGAUUAUGCACAAGGGAACCUGUCUUGAAAUGGUGGCCAUUGGGUGGCUUGUUAGCGUUCUUUAUGCCCUAUUGCAUACAUGUGGAACCUUUGCAAACACCUUUUGUUCUAAUUGUAUCAAUCAGUUCUUCUGUGAAAUCCCUCAUUUAUUAAAGCUUUCUUGCUCUGAGAUUUACUUAGCUGAAGUUGGGCUUCUUGCACUAAGCUGUGGUGUAGGACUAGGAUGCUUUGUCUUCAUUAUUAUAACAUACUUGAAGAUCUUUGCUGCGGUGCUGAAGAUCCCAUCUGUACUUGGACAGAAAAAAGCUCUCUCCACCUGCAUUCCCCAUCUCACCGUUGUCUCUGUGUAUUUAUUAACAGGGGUCUUUGUCCAUGUAAUACCGCCCAGCGAUGCUUCUUCUGCUCUGGAUGUGGCUUCUGCUGUGAUGUAUGUCAUUAUUCCUCCUACACUAAAUCCAUUCAUCUACAGCAUGAGAAACAAUGAGAUCAGGGCUGCCUUGUGUAAAUUUCUAAAACUGGUGUUUUCCUCUACAGUUGUUUUCUGA